AGCAGUUUUCGACGUGGAGGAAGCGAAAGAGAGGUGAAGUGAAGAUGGCGAGAGGCUCCCGGUGUUUGAGUAGAGCAGUAGCGGAGUGUAUCAGACAUUUACCGUCCACAGCCAGUCGAGCGACACCGGGAAGGAAUGGAGUGAGAUAUCUAUCUUCAUGUGGGAUUCUGAUGACCAGGGUGCCGCCCCUCUUCAGGGGUGUAACGGGUCGUGCUGUCUUGGCUCCAGCCAGGAGUUUCUUCAACUUCUCUGAGUCCUUCAACAAGAAGAGAGAAUAUUCCGAACGACGUAUUAUUGGGUUCUCCAUGCUGGAGAUGUAUGAGGUUGUGGCCAGAGUAGAAGAUUACCUGCAGUUUGUCCCCUGGUGCAAAUGCUCGGAUGUUGUAUUCCGCCGCUCUGGAUUUUGUAAGGCCAAACUGACAGUGGGCUUCCCCCCUGUGGUGGAAAACUACACCUCCCUCAUUACUACAGUUUGCCCUCAUUUGGUCAAGGCAUCUUGCUCUGAUGGGAAACUUUUCAAUAACCUGGAGACGGUUUGGCGAUUUAGCCCUGGGCUACCUGGAUACCCCCGUACCUGCACCCUUGACUUUGCUAUUUCCUUUGAGUUCCGCUCUCUCCUGCAUUCUCAGCUGGCCACCGUUUUCUUCGACGAGGUGGUGAAGCAGAUGGUGUCAGCCUUCGAGCGGCGGGCGGGCAAGCUCUACGGCCCAGAGACACCGAUCCCACGCGAGCUCAUGUUCCAUGAGGUCCACCAUACGUAGUUCAUUCCACUCCUUCAGACUGAUGCGGCAUGUGGGUGUUCAGGGAAUUGGGAAUUUUAUUGAAAGCGUUCAUUUAGAGUAUUAUAAGGACAGUAGAGAGAGUGGUAACUCUGUGUGCCUGGAUAACAUCAGUUCCUAGUCCAAACAAAAUUGAUUUUACACUUUACACUAGAAAAACAUGUGGCUGGAUCUUUUCUUUGGGGUUUGAUUGUACCCCGGUGAGUCCUGCCCCACUACCUCCAUUUUAACAUUUUAGGACCCACUCUCCAUAUGGAAUGGCACCUGAAACCUUAUUUUUAAUACGAGGACCUUGAGAUUGUUUUAAAAGCAGCUGCCAAAAACAGUUAUAGCUUCACGAAUGGCACAAAGGUCAUGGCUCUCUUUGAAAGGAUGAUAUUUUAGACAAUUUAAAGUGCAUUAAGAUUUCAGUGUCCAGAAAGGUUGCCAUGUUAAACUGUUUGUGUUACUGUGAUUUGAAUGGUAAAAGUUGUAUUUAUUGACAAGCUUGUAGAUGAUCCUUUAUUAUUUCAAGAAAGAGAUGAGGAGACACUUGAGUGCAUGUGUCAUGUGCAGAAGACUGACUGUUGCUGCACUGUUGGAGCCAAAUUUAAUCAUUGUAUCAAGGCUGCACAUAGGACUCUGCCUGUUGUAUUCUUGCAUACCGGCACAAAAAACAGCUUGAAAAAAACUAAUGCUAAGUGGCUAAAAAAAGAACAUGUCCCUCAUGUUAUGCCAAUUCAAGCUUGGUUGUUUAAUGAGGAACAGAUGUUUUUUUCCCACAAUUUAGUUUUUAUUCAAUUCUCAAAUAUGGGAGUGUUAAAUCUUACUUGACUUUUAGGUGUCCAGAUCAAAGACUGCUUUUCUCUUCUAGAGAUGUGCAAUAUAUUUAGUUUUUUAAUAGAGUGCUCACCAAUCUAUAUCCACUGCUUUUAAAAGGGCCCAAACUGGUCAUGGAGGGAGUACUAACUCUUUACCAGAGCUCUCAUCUGAGUCAAAACAGGCCUUUUAAAGAUUCCAGUCCACACCCUGUGUGCUUCCUUAUGCUUACUGCCUUUUUAAUGAGCAAGUUACAUAUUAUUUAUCAUUAUCUUACGAACAUAUAUACGUCAUCAUCCUAUUUUUAUGUUGGUUAUGGGUAAACGAUGUGCAAAUCUGACCAUGGACUAAACUAUUGUGCACAACUGAGCUAUAAACAAAAACAUUUUGCGAUGGGGGGGUGGUUCUUGGUCUUUUUUUUGUUUUGAGUAUGUUGUGGGUGAACACAUAUAUCCUGCCUGCAUGGUUUAUAAACUAUUUUUAUAUGUAAACCCUA